AUGAAAAAGCAGAAGCUCCUUGAGACUUUGAUAGUCUCCAAGGAGAGUUUGGUUAAAUAUCCAGCCCAGACCCCCACGAAUCUCAAAGCUACAACAACCACAACCAAGCUCAACGCAGCCCCAGCCCUAGACCCUGCUACAGACACAGCCAAGACUAAACCCAAAGCUACUUCAGUCAAGCUCAACGCAGACCCAGCCCCAGACCCUGCUACAGACACAGCCAAGACUAAACCCAAAGCUACUUCAGUCUCGCUCAACGCAGACCCAGCCCCAGACCCUGCUACAGACACAGCCAAGACUAAACCGAAGGUUACUUCAGUCAAACUCAACGCAGACCCAACCCCAGACCCUGCUACAGACACAGCCAAGACUAAACCCAAAGCUACUUCAGUCAAGCUCAACGCAGACCCAGCCCCAGCCCCUGCUACAGACACAGCCAAGACUAAACCCAAAGCUACUUCUGUCAAGCUCAACGCAGACCCAGCCCCAGACCCGGCUACAGACACAGCCAAAACUAAACCCAAAGCUACUUCAGUCUCGCUCAACGCAGACCCAGCCCCAGACCCUGCUACAGUCACAGCCAAGACUAAACCCAAAGCUACUUCAGUCAAGCUCAACGCAGCCCCAGCCCCAGACCCUGCUACAGACACAGCCAAGACUAAACCCAAAGCUACUUCAGUCAAGCUCAACGCAGACCCAGCCCCAGACCCUGCUACAGACACAGCCAAGACUAAACCCAAAGCUACUUCAGUCAAGCUCAACGCAGCCCCAGACCCUGCUACAGUCACAGCCAAGACUAAACCCAAAGCUACUUCAGUCAAGCUCAAAGCAGCCCCAGACCCAGACCCUGCUACAGACACAGCCAAGACUAAACCCAAAGCUACUUCAGUCAAGCUCAACGCAGACCCAGCCCCAGACCCUGCUACAGACACAGCCAAGACUAAACCCAAAGCUACUUCAGUCAAGCUCAACGCAGCCCCAGACCCUGCUACAGUCACAGCCAAGACUAAACCCAAAGCUACUUCAGUCAAGCUCAAAGCAGCCCCAGACCCUGCUACAGACACAGCCAAGACUAAACCCAAAGCUACUUCAGUCAAACUCAACGCAGACCCAGCCCCAGCCCCUGCUACAGACACAGCCAAGACUAAACCCAAAGCUACUUCUGUCAAGCUCAACGCAGACCCAGCCCCAGACCCGGCUACAGACACAGCCAAAACUAAACCCAAAGCUACUUCAGUCUCGCUCAACGCAGACCCAGCCCCAGACCCUGCUACAGUCACAGCCAAGACUAAACCCAAAGCUACUUCAGUCAAGCUCAACGCAGCCCCAGCCCCAGACCCUGCUACAGACACAGCCAAGACUAAACCCAAAGCUACUUCAGUCAAGCUCAACGCAGACCCAGCCCCAGACCCUGCUACAGACACAGCCAAGACUAAACCCAAAGCUACUUCAGUCAAGCUCAACGCAGCCCCAGACCCUGCUACAGUCACAGCCAAGACUAAACCCAAAGCUACUUCAGUCAAGCUCAAAGCAGCCCCAGACCCAGACCCUGCUACAGACACAGCCAAGACUAAACCCAAAGCUACUUCAGUCAAGCUCAACGCAGACCCAGCCCCAGACCCUGCUACAGUCACAGCCAAGACUAAACCCAAAGCUACUUCAGUCAAGCUCAACGCAGACCCAGCCCCUGCUACAGACACAGCCAAGACUAAACCCAAAGCUACUUCAGUCAAGCUCAACGCAGACCCAGCCCCAUACCCUGCUACAGUCACAGCCAAGACUAAACCCAAAGCUACUUCAGUCAAGCUCAACGCAGACCCAGCCCCAGACCCUGCUACAGUCACAGCCAAGACUAAACCCAAAGCUACUUCAGUCAAGCUCAAAGCAGCCCCAGCCACUGCUACAGUCACAGCCAAGACUAAACCCAAAGCUACUUCAGUCAAGCUCAAAGCAGCCCCAGCCACUGCUACAGUCACAGCCAAGACUAAACCCAAAGCUACUUCAGUCAAGCUCAAAGCAGCCCCAGCCACUGCUACAGUCACAGCCAAGACUAAACCCAAAGCUACUUCAGUCAAGCUCAAAGCAGCCCCAGCCACUGCUACAGUCAUAGCCAGCACUAAAGCCAAAGCUGCUUCUAAGAAGAAGGUGUCACUGAAAGAGCUAAUUGAGCUAUCCGCUCAGACAGCCAGAGCUGCUGCCACACUAUCCAAGGAUCCUUUAGCAGGGAAAAAAAGAGAAGCAAGAUGCUUCUGGCAGAAGGUGGAGUUUGGGAGCAGUAGAGAGGAGUGGUCAGCUCAGACCCCGCAUCCAAGACCACACCACCAGCACAGCUGA